AUAAAGAAACAAAGAACCUCGUUUGAGGUUAAUGUUCCUUGACGCUGACCUCACUCCUCACUCCAUCGAAGGUGAAACCACCCUUCACCUUCACCUUCACCUUCGUUCUCUCUGCUUCGUUCACGUGGAACUUUGGGAGGACAUUGUCAAGAAAUGCUUGUUCAGUAUGUCAACAAACUCGGAUACCGUUAUCACCCUUUGAUCCCAACCCCACUUUUAGGCCUCCUUCUUUCUUGUUUGCAUACUCGUUCAUUGUCUCCUUGUGUCAAACCCAUCAAUUGGAACACAACCCACAGCUUUGUUAGAAAGAAUCCACUCCUUUCUGUCUUGGAAGGAUGCAAGUCCUUUGUCCAGUUAAAGCAAAUCCAAGCUCAAAUGGUCUUGACAGGCUUGAUAGAUGAUGGCUUUGCUGCGAGUCGUCUUGUUGCAUUCUGUGCUCUCUCUGAAUCGCAAAACCUUGAGUAUUGCAUGAAAAUAUUGUAUCAUACCGAAGAACUGAAUGUCUUUUCUUGGAAUGUGACAAUUAGGGGAUAUGUGGAAAUCGGGGACUUAGAAGGAGCUCUUCUGUUGUACAAGAGAAUGUUGAGUUAUGGUAUGUUGAAGCCGGAUAAUUAUACUUACCCUUUAUUGCUUAAAGCUUGUUCUUGUCCGUCUCUAAACUGUGCCGGACUUGCUAUACUUGGACAUGUGUUGAAGUUUGGUUUAGAAUUUGAUAUAUUUGUGCACAAUGCGUCAAUUACUAUGCUACUCUCGUGUGGAGAGUUGGAGACUGCAUUUGAUGUGUUCAAUAAAGCAUGUGUGAGAGACCUGGUAACCUGGAAUUCCAUGAUUACUGGGUUUGUUAGAAGAGGACUAGCAAACGAGGCUAUAAAACUCUAUCGGGAAAUGGAGGCGGAAAAAGUGAAACCGAAUGAGAUUACAAUGAUUGGUAUCGUUUCUUCUUGUUCGCAGUUGCAGGAUUUGAACCUUGGCAGAGAAUUUCAUCGUUACAUCAAAGAACAUGGGCUCGAGUUGACAAUUCCACUCAAUAAUGCGCUUAUGAACAUGUAUGUGAAGUGUGGAGACCUAUUGGCUGCGCGAGUUCUAUUUGAUAACAUGGUACAAAAGACCCUUGUUUCAUGGACAACAAUGGUUUUGGGAUAUGCCAGAUUCGGUUUUCUGGAUGUUGCUAGGGAUCUUUUAUACAAAAUUCCAGAAAAGAAUGUUGUGCCUUGGAAUGCAAUCAUCAGUGGCUGUGUCCAAGCCAAGAAUAGUAAAGAGGCAUUGGCUCUAUUCCAUGAAAUGCAAAUUAAUAAAAUAGAACCUGAUAAAGUGACCCUGGUAAACUGCCUGUCUGCAUGCUCACAACUAGGAGCACUUGAUGUAGGAAUAUGGAUUCACCAUUAUAUAGAAAAACACAAUCUUUGUCUAGAUGUUGCCAUGGGAACUGCACUAGUUGAUAUGUACGCCAAGUGUGGAAAUAUUGCAAGGGCUCUCCAGGUUUUCCAAGAGAUUCCUCAGCGAAACUGUUUAACCUGGACAGCCAUUAUUUGUGGUUUAGCACUUCAUGGGAAUGCUUGUGAUGCUAUAUCCUAUUUCUCAAAAAUGAUUCGCAUUGGAUUAAUGCCUGAUGAGAUCACCUUUGUUGGUGUCUUAUCAGCUUGUUGUCAUGGAGGUUUAGUUGAAGAAGGCCGCAAAUAUUUUUCCCAAAUGAGCUCUAAAUUCAAUAUAUCCCCAAAGCUUAAACACUACUCAUGCAUGGUGGACCUUUUAGGAAGGGCUGGUCAUUUGGAGGAAGCAGAAAAUCUUAUUAAAAACAUGCCCAUUGCGGCAGAUGCCGCAGUGUGGGGUGCUUUAUUCUUUGCUUGUCGUGUUCAUGGGAAUGUUCUAAUUGGAGAGAGGACAGCUUUGAAGCUUCUUGAGAUGGAUCCUCAAGAUAGUGGAAUCUAUGUUCUACUUGCCAGCAUGUACAGGGAGGCAAAAAUGUGGAAGGAGGCAAGGAAUGCAAGGAAAAUAAUGAAGGAGAGAGGAGUAGAGAAGACUCCUGGUUGCAGCUCAAUUGAGGUCAAUGGCACUGUGCAUGAGUUCGUGGUGAGGGAUGCAUCACAUCCACAGUCUGAAUGGAUUUAUGAAUGCCUGGUUUCACUGACAAAACAGCUGAAGCUUCUUGGAUUUACAUAGGAUGUUCCCGCGUAUGAAGAUAAUCUUUUUUCCUAAACUUGUCAGCCUGUAUGCCGUAUCUCUGCUAAUUUAAUUAUAGUCUUCCCUGGAGAGCCUGGACCUAUUUUUCAUUCUAUCAGGAGGCUUCUACCUUAGAAAAUGUAUAGAUAUAAAAUGAAGCCAUGUCGCUGCAGUCCUGCAUCCUCUCACUCAUUUCAGUCAUCUUUUGUUCACUUUUAUAACUUAAGUUCUUCUUUGCAGAAGAAUGCAGAGUAUUUGAUUAUUUUUUGUGGCUAUACUUCGGUGUCUUACUUGGAAAACAUGAAAACUUGUCUUGCACAUCAUCAAAUAUUUUCUUGGUUAGCCAGCCAAAUGUUUGCCAUAUCUUCCUCACCUGUAUGGAUUAUAUUAUGCUUCAGAGUUUGGAUGAAUCAUUUUUUUCCCUGACUGCUGCAUCAUGUUAAGGACACCUGCUAUUCUGCUGAAUUGUGUCAAAUUUGUUAUACAUUGCAAGGAUGAGAUGAACAGGACUAUGUGGGUUCGGACCUGCAAGAGUGUUGCAAUCUGUUACCAUUACAAAACUUUAACAUGGUCAAUAAUUGAUCUGUCAGUAUGAUAUCUAUGAUAAGAUUCUUCAAGACUAAUUUUAUAUUGAUUUUCCUUGACAAAAAAAUCUUAAAACAAUCAUUAUAACACCCUAAGAAUGUUUACCCAAGCAAUGAUCUGGAUGUGUGUGUCAGCCUUUAUAUUUGUAAAGAACCAAUUCUACUCAAAAGCUUAAGUUGUUGGGUGAGGCUAUAUCAAUGGUUUUAUAUAUCUCAACACGCCACCUCACACGAGAGCCCACUGGGCUGGAAGGGUGGACAAUGCACAGGCCCACCUACCUGUGCGAAGAAAGAAAUUCCACUAGAAAGAAAGUGGGGGGCGGUGAGGAUCGAACCCGGUACAUCGAGGCUCUGAUACCAUGUAAAGAACCAAUUCAACCCAAAAGCUUAAGUUGUUGGGUGAGGCUAUAUCAAUGGUUUUAUAUAUCUCAACAAUAUUGAUAAAGAAGGAAGACCUUUUGUGUCUUAUGUUAAUUGUCUGUUACAGAAUCAGAAAACAACUAUAGCAUCGUCUGGAGAGAUCAACUUAAAGAAAUUAGGAAUACUUAAUAAAAAUCUCAGCUCUUAACAUAUUUUUAAUAUGGAUUUUGAUCACUAUUGCAUUUUAAAGCAUUUAAUUUUGUCUUAUGAAUAUGCUGUA